AUCAAACCGGAGCUCGAGAUGAUGCAGCCAUGGGCCGUUGUGGUCCUACUUCUGCCCCUGAUCAACGGAGAUGUGAGUCACCUGCCCAAGGAAUAUAUACCGCCCAGUGCGGAACAGGAACCGACCACACGGUCUGCCGCUGAUGGUCAGGAGGUGCAGAAGGAUCCAUCUGGGUUCUAUCCCUCGACUGGACUGCCCCUGCCGCCGGGGUAUGCCAUUCCCACGGGCAGCAACGUUCCGCCAUCGCCUGUCCAGCCGCCAAACUUCCCUCUGCCCAUCUAUCCACCAUUCUUCGGCUUCGGCGGAGGUUCUGUCGAGCAAGGAGGAGGACCUGGUAUUGGACCAGUGCCUUCGGCCUAUCCCAACGGAGGUGCAUUCCCGGGGGGUCCUCCCAAUGGAGGUGCAUUCCCGGGGGGUCCUACGAAUGCGGCCUUCCAACUGCCACCGGGUGGUCCUUUCGGUCCGCAAGCUGGUAACUUCGCCCAGCCAGGUGGCUUCCCGCAGGUGGGUGGGUUUCCCCCACAAGGAGCUGGCUUCCAGCCACAAGGCAUCCCUGGCAAUGGAUUCCCACCGCAAGGAGCACCCUUCUCACCACAGCCAGGAGUGUUCCCACCACAGGGAGGUGCCUUCGGGCCACAGGGAAUACCGGGCAAUGGUUUCCCAGGAGGUAACUUCCCGCCACAGGGAGGGCCUUUCCCAGGAUCCGCAUAUCCACCGGAGUUCUUGACGAACCAGGGACUUCCCCUCACAAAUCCCCAGGGUCCCUUCCAAGGACCCAGUCCAGCAGGAUUUAAUGUGCCCGCGGGAUUCGGCGGACCUGUGCCCGGCCAGAAUCCCUACCAGCAAUUUGGACCCGGUUUCGGAGGACCCGCUCCGCCGGGCUACUCCGAUGAGCCGGCGAAGGAGCAACCAAAGGACAGUGAGAGGACGGUAGUGCCACCACCAUUGGCCGACGAUCCCAAGAGUGCGGCGGAUACGGUGUACGCAUCCAAUGGCGGCUACGUCUACAAGAGGGCCAAGUGA